UUUACAUGAUAGAAAAUGCCAAAGGAUCAUGUGACUACGUCAUGUGAUAAAAGCAAGACGUCAGGUGCCAAGACCGCCUGGUCCCAGUGAUAUAAACGAUAGGAAUUAUUAAAGAAAGUAUUACCAGUCGAUCCAAUUAAGUUUCACGAGGCUGUGCAAAGCAUUCAUUCGAUAUUCUCACCAAUAAAGCUUUCCGCUUCUCAUCGUGCUGUAGUCUGACACAAAAUGCGUGUGCCGAUCAUAGUUGCACUUCUAGCGAGAUUUGCCUUUGCUGUGGCGACUAAUAACGUACCAGUGAUGCUUUGGUGCAGUAACUGUCAAAUUUCCAUGACUAAUUUUGUCAACCCCUUGAAUAAGAUUUCCAGAGAUGAGUUUGAAGGCAUUCUGAAGAUACUUAGCAGAGCUAGGCUUCCCAUCCUGGUCUUUCUUAAAGACAACUUCUGUGUAGAUGACGUGAAGCGACACCAGCAGAGUCUGCAGAAACUAAACAAUUCAGGAUCAUUGACCGAUUUAAUCUAUUUACCAUUGGUUGAAUCUGCAUUAUCUGCUUUCAACAACAUAUCGUAUAAUGUAAUUUAUAAAGAAAAAGAAGUUAACCCUCUUGUCGAAGAAAAGUUAGCAAUCAUUUCCGUUGGUGACAUUAAUGUCAUACCGCAAAAGUACAAAGUGUUAAGGGACUCAAAUCGUAACUUUGUACUUGCAAUUACCGGAAAAUCCUGUUUAUAUUCACCAUCUACAAAUCGUAUAAAGAGAGCUACAAAGCCUGACAACAAUGAGGGUACUUCAAAAAUCUUGUUUCAUAUAGAUCAAGUUCCAUCAAUUAAGCUUGAUACGAGUGGAUACAAUCCAAUCGGAAAUGAAACAGGUAGAUCAGUCAAUACUGGUGAUAAAAGCUACAAUUUGACAUUAAAUUAUGGAGGCAUUAAUAAAAUUGCCAAAAUAACUCUAAAAGCCUAUUUUGAGAAAUUCCAUGGUUACUUCAAAUUUAUUGGAAUGGAAUAUACACCAGAUGGUGACUCUAAUAAAACUCUGUUUUUAAAUAGCACGAGUAUUAUAGAGUUUCCUUCUACGUUUGGUUAUCAUUGUAGCCAAGUUAUUGAAUUUAGCUGCAAGAAUAAACAUUCUCUUCAAAAUGAAGUGGAAGUUUCAGUACGAUUGUCGAAUUUACAAGUACAAAUGGACACCGAAAAAUUCAGUAAUCAAGUUUAUGACUGUGUUGGCUUUACAAGCAUUCCUAUUUGGACUGGAAUCUUUGUCACUACUAUUUUAGCACUUAUCUUGAUAUGGGGUCUCAUAAUGAUUAUAGAUAUACGCACAAUGGAUCGCUUUGAUGAUCCUAAAGGCAAGACCAUUACUGUUUCUGCUCAAGACUAAAAACGCUUAGUAUUAUAAGAACUGUGUGAAUAUGUAAUUUUUCAUUUUGUCAAACCAAUAAUUAAUAAGAAAAUUUUAAGAACUGCAUUAUCACACAACGUAGGUAUCUAAAAAAAUUGUUAAGUUUAUAUAGUAGUUUUCAGUUCACUAUGAUGCGUUACUAAUCAAGUUUUAACGCCUUAAAACCAUUAGUUUCUUAACCCUUAUUUAAGAACAAACGUAGUUUUCUAAACAAUUGUAAAAGAAACUACAGGUUAUUUCUUCAAUUGUUAUUUCAUGUUGAAUUUGCAAGAUAUUUAUUAACUUCUGUUAAGUAAACGAUAUCACAUAUUCGAGUAUUACAUUGAUGGUAUAACUAAAUAAAUGAUGAUUGAUAUAUUCAUACUUAUACGAAUAAAAUAUAUAUUGACCAAGGUAUAAAUAUGCAGAGGUGUACUAGUAAUACUUAAAAAUCUUAUAUAUCUAAUAUACUGGACAUUUAAAAUAAUCCAUAUUUGACGUUAUUUAAAAUCGUAAUACUAUUCGUGUCUGUCAGACAUUUUUGAACAUCUAGUCACAAAAAUUCAUAUUCUGGAAUGUGUAUGCAUGAAUACACAUGUAACUUAGGAUAACAUGCACGUGCUCACUUAUUUUAAAAGUCUUGUUGUAUCUGAACUAAUAAAUAUGAUUAGAAUAA